AUGAACGUGUUCUACAUAAUGUCAGCUGCAUCACUUCCAUUAUAUUUUAUGGUUUUUGGAUGUCUUUUGAGACUUCGAUGUGUUUCUAGAUCUUAUAAUACUACUUUUUACUCGAUUUUAUUGCAACAUUGCAUCGUUGAUAUUAUUGCAAUGACAUUUUCAAUUCUGAAUACAGGAUUACGGAACAUAUUAGUGAUUCGACAAUUUAUGUUCAACUAUCAGGAUUAUUAUCUCGCAGCAGCCAGCUACAAUUCUGUCUACUAUUUUCUCUACAUUAGAUGUACAGGAAUUAUAUUUUUAUCUCUACAGAGAUAUCUCAUUAUCACUGCACCAACUUCUAUGCUUACCCAGAAGGUUCAAUUUGCAUCUAAAUUUCAAAUCAUUUCAAUUUAUUGGGGUGUUCCUACUCUAAUUAGUUUAGUAGUGUUGAAGGAUACAAACUUCAAAUAUGACAGCUUGGAAAGUAUGUCAAUAAUUGCGGAGCAAGAAGUCAUCAAGAGAAACACACUGAUGGCACUUAUAGUUGUGAGCCUGACUUGUAUUUUGUGCUCAUUGGCAUAUGGAGCUCUUUUCUAUUAUAUCCGGAAACAUACUGCCGGACUUUCAAGGUCACUACGGCGAGAAGUUCAUUUGGCAUUUCAAGUAUUUGUAUUGCUUCUGGCAUUUUUUGUUAUACUGGUUUACUAUGCAUUUCAAAAUUACUUUUCGCAAACGCACAAUACAGGACCAAUCUUCUACAUGCGUGCUCUAUAUCCAGUUGCCAAUGGCCUUCUCUCCUAUAUCAACCCAUUUUGCAUACUAUUUCUGAACAAAGAUCUCGCUCGUCAAGUCAUACGGUCAAUGACUUGUCAUAAGUACAAAGUGAGUGAAGCUCAAGUAUCUGGAAUUGCUUCGACAUCUACAAAACACCAAGGUUCACAUCGAAAAGGUCUAAUAGGAUCAAGAAAAAGAGAGGAACCAAAAGAAUCUAAUCAAGUUUUGUUUUGA